AUGAACUUCCUCAGAUCGUUUCCGUGCGUGCCAUUGGCCGCCCCCACCACAUCCGCCCAGACAGGACUCCGAACCCUCUCCAGUUCGGCCGUUGUCUGUGGCAGAGACAAGUACUUCAAGAUCUCCAAGUACGCCAGACCCAUAGACACCACUGUUUACCAGGCCGGUGACGAUGUGCCCAGACAGACCAUCCCCGCCGAUGGCCACAAGUACCCAAAAUAUGCAUAUGAGCCCAUGUUCUUCAAGAGACAAAACAGAGGGUUGUAUGCGGGAUUGCAAAGAAGAGCAUCCAACUUGUGCUCUGAGAGCGGCAACAAAACGAAAAGCUUCCACUUGCCCAACGUGGUGAAGGCCAAGUUGUGGUCGGAAACAUUGAACAAGCUUGUGUGCACCCGUGUGUCCACCACGCUUUUGCGUAACGUGGACAGAGAGGGCGGCAUUGAUAACUAUCUUUUGAAGGAGAAGCCGGCCCGCGUCAAGACCAUCGGUAUCAAGGGCUGGCAAUUGAAAUACGAUAUCUUGAAGCAGAAGGAGCUCAACGAGCGUUCUCAAGGCAGCGACGUGCCCAUCUAUCACAUCCUGGAGUCUGGCAAGAAGAUCACUGCCACCAAGGAGAAGCUUUUGGAGCUUUUGUUCCCAUACGUAUACAGAGAGAAUUAUGAACCAAUUUCGCAGAAGAGCUACCUUCGAGACCACUCCUGGUUGACCAUGGAGGAGUUGGUGGUUAAGUUGGAGGAGCGCGGAUUCGACUUCUCGGAAAUCACAGUCUAG